AUGCAGGAAGAACAAUUCGUCCCACUCAAUGAUUUGCGGAAAUUCAAGCGUACGGCGUCGGCCAGUUCCAAUGAAAUUGAGCUCGAAGCCGACGGCAUGGAAGACACAUUGGAAUACCGUCUACAAGCUGUGGACGCUUCGGGUUCCAAGAAGAUCUCUCUUUGGCACGAUGUCAGCCUCAUUCAUCUCGACCAGGAGACAAGAGAAGAGACACAGUACCUCAAUUUUGUCUGCGAAAUUCCCAAGUUCACACGUAAAAAGUAUGAAAUCGCCACGGAUGAACCUGGCAAUCCCAUUAAACAAGAUGAAAAGAAAGGGACUCUUCGCGAGUUCAAAAAGGGCGACAUCUUUUUCAACUAUGGGUGCUUCCCCCAAACCUGGGAAGACCCAACGUUUAUUCACCCAGAUGCGGAAGGUUGCCGAGGUGACAACGACCCGUUGGACGUAUGCGAAAUCGGCGCCCGCAUCGUCCGUCCCGGCGGUGUCCGUCCGGUCAAGGUGCUGGGCGUCUUGUGCAUGAUCGACGAAGGGGAAUGCGAUUGGAAGGUUGUAGUUGUUGACGCGGACGACAAAUGGGCUCCGUUCCUCAACGACAUCAACGACGUCGAAGAACAGCUUCCUGGCCUGUUGGACGCAAUUCGAGAAUGGUACCGUACGUACAAAAUUCCCGACGGCAAACCGCCGAACGUGUUCGGUUUGGACGAAAAGUUCAUGGGCAAGGCCUACGCUCUGGAGAUAAUUCAAGAAUGCCAUCACUCGUGGGAAGAACUUCUGGCAGGAGAGAAGGAACGCCUUUUGGAAGAUCACGGAGACGAAGUCAAGGAUCUGGUUCGGAAUCUUUCCCGGAACUCGCUCUUUACGCUUGGUCUUAACUUGGACGAGCAUGCGGAAACUCGUACCGAAGACUUUGGGGAGAUCGAAAGUGGUGCUCUUUUCUUUUAA